AUGCAGUCGAUACGAUGCCUCGCGCGGCCCAGCGUCGCGUUGCCCCCUCGUGUCUUCACGGCAACCCAACGACGCGCACACUCAUCGGUUGUCUCUCCGUUGGCGUACGAUCUCCAUGAGCCAGCUAAGCCCAAGACCGACAAACACAAUGCACCAAUCAUCUUCAUGCACGGGCUUUUUGGCUCGAAGAAGAACAACAGAGCCAUGAGCAAGGCCCUGGCUAGGGAUCUGGGCCGUUGUGUCUAUGCGUUGGACCUCCGUAACCACGGCGAGUCGCCACAUCACAAGCGCCAUGACUACGACGCCAUGGCAGACGACGUGCUACACUUCAUCUCAGAGCAUAAGCUCAAAGAUAGCACGUUAAUCGGUCAUUCCAUGGGUGCCAAGACAGCCAUGGCCCUCGCUCUGCGCUCGCCAGACUCUGUUCAGGAUAUCGUGUCCGUGGACAAUGCGCCUGCGGAUAAGAUCCUGAGCCGCGACUUUGCAGACUACGUCCGGGGCAUGAAGCAGAUUGACGCCGCAAACUGCACGCGCCAGGCCGAGGCGGACAAGAUCCUGCAAGAGUUCGAAGAGGCACUCCCCAUCCGUCAGUUUCUGCUGGGCAACCUGCACCGUCCCGACCCCAAGUUGCCGACGCAGAAGUUCAGAGUGCCUCUGGGUAUCCUGGGAAAGAGCCUGGACAACAUGGGCGACUUUCCCUACAAGAACCCUGCGGAGAGGAGAUUCAACAAGCGAGCACUGUUUGUCCGGGGCACCAAGAGCAAGUACGUGCCAGAUGAUGUCCUGCCUUUGAUUGGGGAGUUCUUCCCCCGCUUCACGUUGGUGGACAUUGAUGCUGGUCACUGGAUCACGUCUGAGAAGCCAGAAGAGUUCCGCCGCGCUGUAGUCGAGUUCCUCCAGCCCCAGGAAUAA